CAUUUCAGAGUAGCAUAAUUUCUACACACCACACAAACUACCUACAAAAAAUGCUAUAAAAUUCCUAAUAAAGGUCAGGCUCUUUUCCUCUUCUCAGCUCAUUACACAUGCGGCAGUACAGAUCUAUGCAGACACUUGUGUAAUUUGUUUGUUCAGAGUUCUGCAGAGGGGCAGUGCUGUAGGGAAUGAUAUCACUAGAGACCAAACAUAAAUAAAAGUGAUCUUUACAGAUAUGUUGGCAUUCAUUCUCAACAGCAGAAGGUAGGGUAUCAGUAGUGCAAAUGAUACACUAGCAAUAAAGAUCUCAUUAUCCUUCUGCAUUUUUUGUUUUCAUUAAUAUUAUGAGGGUUUAUUUGUUGAUUUAUUGUGUUUAUACUUGUAUUGUCACAACAAAUUAAUAUAAGGUGUUCCAGCACAAAUUUAAUUAAUGCAAACCUUUGCUCCUAACAGAUUUCUUACAGGUGUUUCCAGAUGGCUGCUGACUUGACUUUCAUGCAGUCAGCAUCAUCAACAAAUAGAACAUUUAUACUUCCCUCCAGCUUCUACAUCAUUGGACUUUACAAUGUCCCACAUGCAAAGUACUACUAUGUGUUUCUGUGCUUUGUGUAUGCAGUGACUGUUUUGGGGAAUUCAUUUAUAAUAGGCACCAUAUACCUGGCACGCAGCUUACACACUGCUAAGUUCAUAGCUGUCUUCAACCUGGCCUUGUCUGAUUUGUGUGGAAGCUCUGCUCUCAUUCCAAAGCUUCUGGACAUGUUUCUGUUUGAGAAUCAGUACAUAUCUUAUGAAGCCUGUCUAGCAAACAUGUUUUUUGUUUAUGUCUUUAUGACCAUGCAGUCUCUUACUCUGCUUGCUAUGGCCUAUGACAGGCUAAUUGCUAUAUGUUUUCCAUUAAGGUAUCAUGCAAUUGUCACCAAAACAACAAUGACCUUGAUCAUCUGUGUUAUGUGGAUUCUUUCUAUAAGUGUCAAUGCUGUACUUGUAGGUCUAAUAACCAGACUGUCCUUCUGUAGAUCUACUACAGUUAACAGCUAUUUCUGUGAUCAUGCCCCUGUUUAUAAACUAGCCUGUAAUGAUAACUCUAUGAAUUCCAUAAUGGGCUAUGUCUGUAUGGCUGCACUGCUUUAUAUUCCAUUGAUACUCAUAGCCCUCUCAUAUGUUUGUAUCGCUUUUGCUUUGCAGAAGAUCUCACAUGGUGCUGAGCGAAUCAAAGCUAUAAAAACCUGCACCUCCCAUGUCAUAUUAGUGGCCAUGUUUUAUCUACCAAUUAUUGGUAUUUACACUGCAGGUCUUACAACAUCAAUAAAUACAAAUGUUAGAAUAAUCAAUACUGCUCUGACGCAAACCAUUCCACCCAUGUUAAACCCCAUCAUAUAUACUCUUAAAACAGGGGAGGUGUUGCAGUCUAUUAAAGUACUCUACAAACAAACUAAGGUGAACUCUGCAAUGGAGAAAGCUGUGAAAAAGACUGUAAGGAACUGA